CAACAACAAUCUGCAGGAACAAAACGCAUAUCUGCCCGGGCUUGAAUUCCACCAUCGCAGGCAUUGCAAGAAGUUAUCUAAUUGGUUUACGCACACGGAUUUGCACUCACAAUGGCCAACGCCUCGACUCUCUCUGCCCCUGUACUCUACACGUUUUCAGAUCUCAUAUCGGAUGCCUCUCUUGUCACGAAAAUCACCCACCUCAUCAACGAUGCUUUCAGUCGCUCGAAGAAGCCGGAGCCUAGGAAGUGGGGUGAACAUCCGAGAGACCGAUUUCCAAGUAACGACGUAUAUUUGGAGACGAUCGGCAGUGAGGGAAUCGUAGCUGUAAUCUUUGAUGAAUCUACAAGCGACCGGAAAGUGGUUGCUGUCUCGGGCGCGAUACCUUGGCAAGGUGGCUGGAAGCAAAAGGGCGCUGGGGUUGAAGAGGGAUGGGAAAUCAAAGCAGUGGCAGUCGAUGGCGAAGCACAGUAUCUUCGGCGAGGCCUUGCAGUGCAACUUUGCGCCUUUCUGGAGCAGCAGCUUGUUCUGAAGUCGAAGGCACUGGGCAUUUCGACUAAUGGAAGGCAGUUUAACGACAAUGACCAAGUCAGUCUAUGGAUAAUAGCCGCAGAGUGCAUUAAUGGUGUGUAUUGGAGAAAAAGAGGAUAUGAACUGGUGCGAAAAGAGUUGGUUGAUGCGCCUACCUGGGGUGCCUAUACAAGCUUUGAGAUUGUCGUUCUGCGGAAGGACGUGCCGUUUGAAAGCUUAAAGAACAAGGCAGCGAUGAUUCCAGUAACCAAAGGCGACACUCUGGUAGUACAGGAGGUGGAGGUGAAAUGAUGUGAGUCAUUGGGUCGUUGACGAAUUACGUCUGAACGAGCAUUGAUACUUGAGCCACCGUACCUCUCACACGAGUUGAUGUGAGCGAAUCAAAACGAUGCACCGUCAUCUCGGAACCCGCGCGUCGGAAUGGCGGUGCACGACGGCUUGUACCAUCUCAAUACGAGCCACUCACGUAGAAUCCACGAUCCCAACAAA